AUGCCUCAACGUACUGAUAUGGCACAAUUAAGUUCAGUAUACGAAUGGAUUCAUGAUAGUUGUGUGAAAACAGCUCAGAAUUUAACAAUUGCUGGUGUGUAUAUACCAAGAGGUUCGUUAUUAAAUCAACAGGAACUUUACCUGUAUCUUUAA